GCCUCAGACGCGAUUGAGAGAGCGCCGAUGUUACUUCGAUGUACAAAUAAAAAUUUAAAUUACUGCUAAAUGUAACGCGCUUAACGGAUAAACGGAUAUUAGAAAUUUAAGAAAAUCGUGUAUUAUUUAACGUACUGCGAAACGAACGCGGAACAAUUUGUUAACAAUAAUUGUGCAAGUGCUAAGCCAAGUUCCCAAAUUAGAAACUGCAUAGAAGUCUGUCCGCAAGGGGGCAGCAAGAAACGCAGCUUCAGAGUUUCUUACAAGCGAAUCGAAAUCACUGCUGCACGGGCAACGCAGCAGCAGCAGGAAGCGAAGCCAACGCUAAACGGUGGUGAAAAAGUCAAAUAGUGUGCGAAAAAAUUAAAAAAAAGUUAAAAAUGGGUCUUAACGGCUGCUGUUCGUGUGUCAAAUAUUUGAUGGUCCUUAUAAACAUCUUAUUUUGGCUCAUCGGUUUAACCAUUGUGAUCACCUCGAUAUGGAUGCUCACGGAUCCCACGUUUAUGCUAUCGAUGACGCAAUCAUACGAUCAUUAUCACAUCGCCCUCUAUGUCUUCCUGGCCAUUGGUACACUGAUCACAUUGGGCGCAUUCUUUGGAUGCAUGGGCGUCUGUCGAGAGUCGCAAUGUCUGCUCGUUUCGUUCUUCUGUGUCAUACUCAUUGUGAUGGUGGCACAAAUAGCAGCCGGUGCUUGGGCAUUCCACAACAAAGACAAACUCGAUGAUAUUGUGCGUGCGGCAGUUAAAGCUUCGGUGCAGGAAGAAUACGGACAGGCCUCGAUGAGUUCACGUACCGUGACAUUCGAUACGCUGCAGAAGAAUCUUAAAUGCUGCGGCGCUGAUGGACCUGGAGACUGGGCAACGAGUCGAUUUAAUAAUGUGGAUCGUACGAAUAUUGUGGAUAUUGCCGUCUCAUCGCUGAAUGUCUUUUAUAACAUACCCGAAUCGUGCUGCAAAGAGGAUCUCAAGGAUAACGAUUGUGAACGGUCGCGUCAUUUGAAAUUUGGCGGUCCUCUAAAUACAUACAUUUAUCAGCAGGGCUGUGUUGACAAACUGAUUGAAAUCAUCCACGAAAAUUGGGUGACCAUAUUCGCCAUAGCCGCCGCUGUUAUACUGCUGGAACUGUUGUCGCUGACAUUCGCCUUGAGCCUUUGCUGUGCGGUGAGGAAUCAACAUUACAAGGCCUGAGAAUUACAGAAUUCCCAUAGGGAAAUAACAGACGAUGAGAAGUACUAACAAAACCAAAUGUAAACUAAAGCCUAGGCGCCUAAGCGUUACUAAACAAACAAAAACAAAUGAGAACAUCAACAACAAAUUGGAAUGCGAAUAAAAUGGGCAUUUUUUUUAGCGAAAAAAGGCUAAAAUUGUUGUUGGGCUGCUGCGACGACAACAACAACAAUUGGCUGGCUACAUUUGAAGGCUGUCGGUACUGGCAAAUACUUUAAAACAAUUUUGUAGUACUUUAACAACAACCACAAACAAGAACAACUGAGCAAUUGUGUAAAAGAUUUGAAAACUUGACAUUUGAGUCAAUCACAUUUAUAUGAACUUGAUACGCAACAACUUUUCUAACAUAUUUCUACAUAAACAACAACAACAAAAAGAAAAAGAAACAAAAAAUCGAACACAUUUUACAAUAACGAAAAACAACAACACAAAAUACAGCAUAAAUCUCAAUAGGAAACCGAAAAAUUAAUAUUAGGAUAAAGCGAAACAGUUUCAAAUUCGAGUAAAAAACGCAUAAAUCUUAGUAAAGUACGAUACAUACUACUUAUACGAUACAUACAAGCAUACAACUCUUCUAUACACUCACAUAGAAAUCAUUCACUAGCAAUUUAAGCACAAACAACAGUAAAAAUAUCUUAUUUGCCAAAUUACAAAAACUACUCUACAAAAGCCUAAAAGCAAUCAAAGUUUUUUAGUUUCAAAAUCGUUUUUCGUUUUGAAAUUUGAUAUUUUGUGUAUACAUAAUUUUUAGAAAAUGUAGUAAAUGAGAAAAACGAUAAUUAAAUCAAGCAUUCCACAAGUGAAUAUGAUUAAAUUGCCAUCCAAAGAUCCAAACCCAAAAACAAAAACAAGAAAGCGAAAACAAAUUCUUAUCAAUUCUCUUGUGUAAAAUCAUGUGCUAAACAAAAAAAUUAAAAAAAGAAAUCGAAAUUAAAUGUUUUCAUGAAAUUCGUUGAGCUUCGCGAAAUUAAAUGCCAAAUAUUUUAUGUAUUUACAAAAUUUGUUUUUUAACCAUGCAAUGUUAAGUAACAGCGCACUGCUAACGAAUGCUGUUAGUUACACUGUUCGACAUGCUGUUAACUAACAGCGACAUGUAAAUUACCCUGCCAUAUUUUAAAUAACAUUUACAUCCACACUCACACGCACACACACUCGAAAAGUGAAUUUGCAUUAUUUUUAUAAUGUACGCUUCGAACUCUUUUCAUUAUUAUCAGUACAAUUAUUUAUAAAGAAAUACACACACACAAAGAAAUCACACACAUUUAAUCAAAUGUUAUAAAGAGUACAUUGUGAAAUCAUAUUUACUAGCCGUACAAAAUGUAUUUUCUAUAUAUAUUUUUUUGAUAUCGCACAUGAGAUCCAUAUAUAUGUAUUUUCAUUUGUCAAAACGAAUUUUGUAUUUUAAUUGUUGUUACAUAUAUGAAUUUUGUUGUUAGUUAAACGUAGCUGAGAGCGUCAUACUUUGUACCCUUCACAACGUUCAAAAUAAAUGAAAUCUACAACCAACCCAAUGAAUAAAAAUUUAAUUAAAUUUAAACAUUAAUCUACAAGUAAACGUAAAUUAAUAAAUAAAUAAAUAUAUAUAUUUAAAUUUACACAAAAACAAAAUGAAAGCAACAAACAUUUAUUUACAUUACAUUUUAUAGUAGUUAAGCCAAUUUUUGAUUUAGUGAAGUAAACAAAAUUAAUUGUAAUCUUUGUGCAAAUCGAGUUAAAUUUUAAAACUGUAGUUUAAAUACGAGUACAACAAAUCAACCCGAAACCAUCAAAAACAAAAUUACUCGAUAUACGUUCAAAUUGUAGCGAAUCCCUUUUUAAAAACGAUGAAAUAUAUCUAGAACUUCAAUGAAUCAACAAGUAAAAACAUUAAAACGUACAUAAAUGUUAUAAAACCUCAACGUUAAGCUCACAAAUCAUAAAAAAUCAAAACAAUUACAUCAAAAUAUCUCAUAUACAAUUACAUAUAAUAUGUGAAGAAUAUAAAAA